AUGGAAGAGUUUUCCUCCGUUUGUGAUUCCUUGCGAAAUGCAUCCGGUCACAAAGAGCGUUCUCAGCUUAUAUACAACUUUAUCCGCGAUCCAGAUAAAGGGGUUUUGAAAAGCAAUGCGAAUUUAUUGCUUCGUAUGCUGCUACCGAAGGAAACUAAACGAGUGUAUGGUUUGAAAGACAAGCAGUUGAUUAAUUUAUUCCAUCAGCUUCUCGAAAUCGAUCGAGAUGAACUAACCAAAGAUUUGGAAUCUGCUGAGGAUGUGGCCUCUACAAUUGGUCACUUUUUCGAUUCCGCUGAGAGUUGCGUAUCACCAGCGUCGAAAAGUUCUCUCUCCCUUGAACAGGUUGACGAUUUCUUGGAAACCUUAUCGAACACUUCAAAGGAAUCAAACCGGCUUCGGCUUUUUAAAUCAAUAGUUAAAAAAUGCACCGUACCGGAUUUAAUUUCCCUGAUACGUUUGAUCACACAAGACCUUCGGACUAAUGCUGGAUGUAAACAAGUCUUAGAUGGCCUGCAUCCCCAGGCUUAUGCCGCCUACCAGGCUUCCGGUGAUUUGAAUUCCGUGCUUCACAAGGUUAUGUGUCCUUCGUCGCUCUCCGAGAAUGCUGCACCAAAAUGUAGGUCUAAAAAGCAUGAUCAGUCGCGCCGGAUUAGUACGGGAAUUCGCAUCAACAUUCCGAUCAAGCCUAUGUUGGCAGAACCUUGCCGUUCUGCCGCACAAGCCCUAUCCAAAUCAUGUACCGACGGUUGGCUGUUGGCUGAGAUAAAGUAUGACGGUGAACGAAUACAAAUACACAAGGAUGGUGAUCAGUAUCACUAUUUCUCUCGUAGUCUGCGACCAGUCCCAGCGAAUAGAGUCUCACACGUUGAACCAUACAUACCUGAUGCCUUCAAGCUGACGAAACAGUUAGUUAUCGAUUGCGAAAUAUUGCUUCUGGACACCAAGACUGGAAAACCGCUUCCAUUCAGUUCUCUGGGUGUACACAAACGCACCAAGUUCGAAGACGCCUCCGUGUGCAUUUUUGUCUUCGAUUGCCUAUACUUGAACGGUCAAAGUCUGAUAGACAAACCUAUUUCUUUACGUCGUGCAACAUUGGAACAGUAUUUCUGCGAGGUUCCUAACCGCGUACGACUGUCGGAAAAGCACAUCAUCCAUGACGUGGAUGCACUGAAUGAGUUGAUGGCUCGUGUGUUUUCCGAAAAUCUAGAAGGCUUGGUUUUGAAGCCAUCCCAUAGCGUUUAUGAACCGGGAAAACGUCACUGGCUGAAAAUUAAACGCGAUUACCUCGCUGAAGGUUCCAUGGCAGAUGCUGUGGAUUUGAUUGUCCUUGGGGCCUACUACGGCACUGGCAAAAAGGCCGGUCUAAUGUCUGUGUUUCUAAUGGGUGCGUACGAUCCGGAAUCCAAGCUCUUCACUACAGUGACAAAGUGUGGGAACGGGUUUACCGAUGAGUUACUCCGAAAGCUUCAAGAAAGCCUCAAAAUGAAAAAGAUCUCCAAGUCCGAGGUUCCCGAUUGGCUUCUCGUGUCCAAGUCGUUGGUGCCUGAUUUCAUUGUGGAAGAUCCAAAGACCGCCCCGGUGUGGGAAAUAACUGGUGCCGAAUUUUCCCGCGCUAACACACACACCGCUGGAUCAUCAGGAGAUGAGACACAAGGCAUUUCCAUCCGAUUCCCUCGAUUUGCUAAAGUUCGAGAGGACAAAUCGUGGAAAGAGGCAACAAACGUGAAGGAACUUUUCCAACUAUCAGAGAAGACGGGUAGCCGUUCCGAUUGGUUAGAUGCACUGCAGAUCGCUUCUCGAGGGAUUGCAGGGAAACGACCUGACCCAUUCCUCAUUGAGACCGAGAAAAAGAAUGACGAAUCAGGCAAAGCGAAAUCGAAACACAAGCUUGUCGAUCACUCUGAAGAGAAACAAAAACACCAUUUUCGUCUCCCAAAGCUUCGCCAUCUGAGCUCCUUGUUUACUGGAACAGUUUUCCAAGUGUCAGAUGAACUUCCGGCAAAGGAUGUGGAUGUUCAGAGAACUCUGCGCCAGAUGAUUGCGCAUGGUGCUGAACUCACUGGUCUAGCUAAUGACGAUUUCGCGGCCCUAACCACCACAAAUCCGCCAACGCAUAUUCUCAUUCCAUCAGGCUCUAAGCAGAGAUCUUCUCUUAUCUCGGUUACCUUGGAUCAAGUCAAACAGCACUUAUCCACUGGACAGCCAUUCAUGUGA